AUGAGCAGAGGUGACGGCGGGGAGUCGCCGUCGCCCUCCGCGUGCCAGGCUUUGGCUCUUCCGCGGUGCCAGCGGGGGGCGUCGCCCACGGACGCCCGCCCACCUUCAUCCCGUUUAGCUCACUUAGCAUGCCGGAGCGUGAAGGAGAGCCGACUGGAGGCCGAGGACGGGGAUCAUCUCGUCCCGACCUUUGACCUCCGGCUACUGCGGCACCAUGAUUGCGUCGUGGCGGAAUUUCCGACCGUCGCUCGCUCUCUCUCUCUCGCUCGCUCUCUGGUUUUGUAUCUGCGGCGCGCGCUCCCGACGGCCAACUGCGGCGCGGGAGCCCGAGCGAGAUGGCAGCAGCAGCAGCAGCAGCAGCAGCAGCAGCGGGACGCCAUGGCCGCUGAGCAGAAAGCGAGCGGCGCGCAGGCCGGCGCCGCCCUAACCGCGAUUCGGGCGCGGCCCCGGGUCACCGCCUCUCCCGCGUCGGGCGCCAGCCUGGCCCUGAGCGCGCUGUCGCUGCUGUUGCUGGCCACGGCCAUCGGCACCGACCACUGGUACGAGACGGACACGCGGCGGCACCGGGAAAACUGCGAGCGGCAGGGCGCCGACUCCAACGGGCAGCAGAACCGCGACAUGCCCAUCUACCACCUGCCGCUGCUGGACACGGGCGCGCGCGACGUGGCGCUGAUGAAGCCCGUGCACGUGGGCAGCCGCGAGGACGAGCUCCUGGAGAACUGGCGCGCCAUCCUGGGCAUGGGCAUCCUGGAGACCGAAUGCGGGCGCCCGCUCUUCUCCACGCACGCCGGCCUAUGGAGGAAGUGCUACUUCGCCGGACUGGACCCGGACAUCGACAAGCUCGUCGAUAGAGGUAUCGCCGAGCGCUGCACGGCCGUCAAGUAUCACUUCUCUCAGCCAAUCCGAUUGAGGAAUAUCCCCCUCAACCUGACCAGAAGCAUACAGCAAGACGAAUGGCACCUGCUACACCUGAGGCGCAUCACAGCCGGAUUCCUGGGCAUGGCCGCCGCCGUCCUGCUGUGCGGGAGCAUCGUCACCUGCGUGGGUUUCUUCUGGGAGGGAAGCCUGACCAGACACGUGGCGGGACUCCUCUUUUUCAUGGCAGGAAUCUUCUGCACCAUUUCCCUGUGCACCUACGCGGCCAGCGUGACCUACGACCUUUCCAGGAAGCCCCCCUUUAUCUACGGCCUCCCCGACGACGUGGACCACGGCUACGGCUGGUCGGUGGGGCUGGCCUGGGCCAGCUUGGCGCUCAGCGUGGCGUGCGGCUGCCUGGGCGCCGCCUUCCCUCUGCCCGGCCGCUCGGGACCCCCGCGCGGCAAAGCCGCCGGCGCCUCGGCCGUCUGA